UAUUUUGGGGGCAAUCGGACGCAUUUUCACUGUUGCCGAAGCUCGAGCGGUCCAGCUUCUCAAACGCACUCACUCAAUUCCUCAACUUUGUAUUCGCUUUCUCGUUGUCGAAGGCAAAUUCAAUUAAAUUCUGAGAAGAAACAAAACUAGAUGGACUUAACCACAGCAUGGAAUUUGAGAGCCUCUGCAAUUUCUUUGUCACCAGUCAUCACUAGGAGAAGUAGAACCCACUUGCAGCGCGCUUCUCUCUCACCUCCUCCUAAGCUCUCUUGCCAAUUCUGGGCUUACCCAUUUCCCUUUAUCCCAAACAAGUCCCCUGCACUUCACGCCCGCAAGCGAAACUCAGAGCCUGAGCCACUUAUCAAACCAACCAUUAUCGAAGAAGUUUCAGAGGACGACGAAGACGACGACGACGUUAUCUUGGAUGACUUCGAAGAAGAUGAGGUAUCAAUGGAUGAUGAGGGUGAUGAUUACUACGAAGAAGAGUCCGCUGAACUCUAUGCUGGAGAUGGAGGCGGAGGAGGUGGAAUUUCUCUUGCUGGGGUAUGGUGGGAUAACAAAGCAUUAGAAAUAGCUGAAGAAGUUAUUCUGUCCUUUGAUGGUGACCUGAAAAUAUACGCAUUUAAAACGUUGCCAAAUUUCACCAUCCAAGUGCGCAUUGAGAAGCUUUCGAAUAGAUCUGGCUCCCCAAGUAUGGAAGACAUUGAAGCUUUUUCAAGAACCUAUAGAGCACGACUGGAUGAAGCAGAGCUUGCUAAAUCACUUCCUGAGAAUUUAUCUCUGGAGGUGUCAUCUCCAGGUGUUGAAAGGAUAGUUCGGGUUCCACAUGAGUUGGAUCGGUUCAAAGAUCGACCUAUGUAUGUGAAAUAUUUCAGUGAGACAGCUGAAACAGGCUUAAUUUCAGAAAAUGAUGGUGUUUUCAGGCUUGUUUCUUUUGAUGUGGAAACAAAGUGUUGCGUUUGGGGUUUAGCAGACGUAAGGAUUAAUAGAGAAAAAGCAGGAAAAGGGAGACCACUUAGCAAAAAGCAGCGGGAGUGGCAAUUGAACACACCCUUUGAUUCGUUACGUUUAGUUCGGUUGUAUUCUGAUAUUUGAUCAUUCAUUCUGUAAAUCAUUUUUGGCUCAAGAAAUGCUAU